CCUUGUCGAUAUGUUUGUACUCUUCUCUACAGCUACAGCAUAUUCUGGAAUUAACCUUAACUUUGUCGUAGCAUAUCGUAAAACACAUUUAAUCAAAUCAUUUUUUGAACUUCAAAAGGCAAAACAGAACUCAUAAAUUGAUCGAGGAAAAUUUCUUCUGCCGCUAACUUCAGUUAAUUUGAUACUGUUUUUAUCAUUUAAAUCAUAAAAUUUUCCUUCUUUUUAAUCAUUUAUCGGAAGUAAAUAUUUCUCCCUAUAAUAAUUUGUAUCUCCGCAGUGCCGCCUCCCAUUUAUAUAACUACAUAUUUAAAAAAUAGUUUCCCAGAUAACUUUGAAGCUUGAAACCACCGCCUACUUUUAUUAACAGACUGUCGUUACAACAUAACGUGCUCUUUACUGCGCCACAAAAACAAAUUACGGCUGAUCAAAAACCAUUUCAAUAUAAUUGCAUAUUAUAUCUCUUCAAUUCUCUCGGCACUUUUACAAUGAUGCAGUUUCAACCUGUUUCAACGUGGGGCUUAAACACAGGUACAUUCCACCCUAUUUCCAGUCUCAUUAUCCAUGCCGACAGUUCUUUGGUCUCCCAAUAUGGAGAGCUACCUCAGGGUGCCUCAGAAACUCCGCAUCUUCAGAUUUUCUCCCCAUCCUCGUCGUCUUCUAUCCCUUUGCUCUCGGCAGACGGCGACGAUGACGGUGAAAAACGCGACACUAACGACACUGCACGAAUAGCGUCGGGAGUGAUGCACUCUUUGCUUAGUGCGUUCGGUGUUUCGUUCAACCUGAUGGUUCUCAUGAUCAAUUGGCUCGAGUGUCGUCCCUCCCGGCGCACGGGGGCGCCAACCAUGGUUAACAUCAGUCUACUCGCAGUCUGCGAUCUCCUCUACUCGCUCAUGUCAGCUUACUAUGCUGUGGCCAGCUUCUUAGGAGAUCAUAAUUUCCUAGGGGUGUGGUCCUGCCGCAUGAACGGCCUGGAUAUCACCCUCAUGCACAUCAAUAUCUGGAGCACUCUGGCAAUUGGACUGCAGAGGAAGGCCGCAAUCCAGAGUGGCAACAACUACCGAUUCAUAUUCACCCUCAAGACCACCCUCCUUCUGCAACUGGUGGUGUGGGGAAGCGCCAUGCUUCUCGGCAGCUACUUCUUGUACAACUUCGACUACGAUUACGAAACUCAAACUUGCUCCUUUCAGGCGAGCUCGUUCAGUUUCAAUAUGUUCAUCAUACUCGUGUAUUUGCUGUGCUACCUGGUACCUGUAUUGUCCAUCGCCUCCUACUACAAGACAUUCGGCCAAUACUUCCGAGAACAGAUCCGAACCAGCCGACGCAGAGCCACCUUCAACUGCCCACGCAGUGCCCAUCAACGCUUCAUGGACGACCGGAACAAAUUCCUGCACUUCUACAGCUACGCUACCGCCAUUUCAGUAUUCGUCUGCUACACUCCCUUUUUCAACUACCGACUUCUGGUCGCCCUAGACGUCAUGCUCUUUCAUCAGACUAUUAUACAGGCCACUGCAUCAUGGCUGCCGAUUGUGGAGGGAGUGGCCAUAGCUAUCUGUGCACUCAACUCAGUGGCCAACCCAUUCUUCUAUGUCCUGCUUAAACACACCAUCUCCCCCAACAUGGCCGUGGCAUACCAACACCACAUCCCCCGUCUCCCCCUCGGACCACCCAUUCACAGCAACCAAUCCAACUCGAAUGGAAACAAAAAAGACUCCUCUAUGUGUCUGAGAUUCGAUCCCACGCCUCCCGACCAGUGGCCUCCAGCUCCUUCCGGCUCAACCCGCGCCAACAGCAGCAGACACCCCGUGUACCCUUCACAGAGAAAGAGUAAGGCAACAACAGGGGGAUGCAUGGGAAUCGUGAAGGGCAAGACAGCGAACAAAAAUAAGGACCAGGUGUUCUACACAGUGACGGUGCAGAAAACCGGAAGACUCUACCGAUCAGAAGUGAUGUUGAACUUGAGCGACGUCUGAAUGCGCAACUUCUCUUGUUUAGUCUCUUUUAUGCUCAUCUUUAUAGAAGAAUAAUCAGAGCCUCCAAUCAUUUAUAACGACAGAAAACUUCUAUUUUUCACGUUUUUCGUUACUCGAAAAUUAUAUUUUGAUGGUCGAUGCCUAAAUAUGACUCCAUUCUAAACUGAAACACUUCAAAAUUUUGGAUCAACUAUAUUUUAAAAAUCCCGGAUUUAACUAUUAGCGUAUUCCGCUGGCCCACUAAUGGCUAGCAGAUUUUCAUUCGAUGUGCAAGUGUGCUCUUUUCUAGUUUAAAAAAAUCACCAAAACUCUUAUCAAGUGCAUGCCUUUUAAUCCAAAACUUGGCUUGAAACGUCCCUUCAUUCCUUCUAAUAAAAUUCUUGCUAAGUAAUACGACUGUUGUAUUUGCAAUUUAUCGU